UCUUGACAAAACGACAAAAGUCAAAAUUGAUAAGAGAAAUCAAAAUUGUAAAUAAAAUAAUAAAGAUAAUAAAUGUCUGGAAUGGCUUGCUAGUAAAUCUUUAAAAAUAUAGAGCCUAUCAAGUGAGAGUUUAUUCUUCCCCAUCAAAUUGCACACGAAAUGAGCGGACCGCGUAUGGGCAUUUCUCAGACGAAUGGAAACGCACGUAGACCCCCAAACAUAUCUCGUGUGAACUCAACUGAAAGGAGUGAGAGACCAGUACAUGCUCAACAUGAUGACUUGAUCAAAUAUAUUUACGAUUCUUGGAGCAAAGUUGAGAUGGAUCGUGGCUCGAAUACCACAAUGUAUUAUCAAGAGGACAACACUCAUCAUCUGAAGGAUUUCCAGCCCUUUGAUUUGGAAGGCUAUUGGGGCAGAAGGAAACAUCAGAACCACAGCACAGUCAAGCCACAGCACUCAUAGCAUUUUCCUGGAUCCACUUUAUUUCAGAAUCAUUAUUCUCUUGAUUAUUAUGUUUAUUGAGUAACUAUUCUGCAUCAUCUCAUAUUCCAAGAUUCAAGAUUGCUAUGGGGCAUGUCAAUCUUAUAAGGUAGCUGUAAUGUGCAAAAGAUGAUAUUUAUCACUCCUUAUUCAAUUGAGUUGAUUUUCAACACUGUAUUUUGAUACUGUCUAUUUGUGGUGAGUAUCUAUGACUAGAUGUAUGAUUCCAUAUAUUUGUUUCACAGGAAAGUGUUUGCUAUAAGAUGAAGCUGAGGAUAAAGUUGUAUUAGAAAGUAACUAUAAUAUUUUGUGAAAGUAUUAUAAUUAGUUUAGAUAUUGGGAUAAAUUUUUGACAAUCCCAGUAGUUUUCAAUCCAAUAUACUGGACUACAAGUUAGUUAUUAUUUUUUCACUUACCUUAUCUUGUCAAAACAAUUAAAUCAAUUGCAAUUCAUUUAUUGAACUACCAUGUAAGAGUGAAUACAAUAAUAUCUAAUUGAAGUUGUCACAAAUUUUGAUGGAUCUAAUCCUACAUAUUGGCAAAUGCAUAAUAAUUAAGCCUCAUAACUAAUAUUUUCUGGAGUUGUAUAAAGUUUUCAUCAAAUUGUGUUGCUUUUAGGGGAUAAUAAUGUAUUGUUUUGCUCCCAGAUUUUUGUCUUACCAUUCUUGGUCUUAAUCACAACCUAGUUAGGUAGUUAGUAGGUAAGAGCUCCUACUAGGUUUUCAUUUCAGAUCAACAAUGGUCUUACUGACAACAAAAUGAUUAAUAUGUUCCUUGCUAGGUGAGACUAUUAGUGUCUAGGAGCUAAAGUUGGAGAUACUAGAACUGAGUCAGCUGAUGUGCUCAAGUGAGUCACAAAAUGCAGUUACCUUCAUUUAUAUUUCACUGUAUCAGUGCUAUUAGCUGACUCAUUAUUAGUUCCUAGAAGAUCUAUGCUAGAAGUAAAACUUCAACUUUAGCUGCUGGGCACCAAACAUGUUACCUAGCAUUAUACAUAUAAAAUAUCAAUCAUAUUGUGUCAGUGAGAGGAACAUCAACUUCAAGAGCUAAUUUUUGAAUGAAAAUAGAGUACUUUUGAGGGGAAAAAAAUGAAAUUUGGGGACAGAAAAAGGACCCAAAAUUGCAUUUGACAAUUUAUAUUUCACAACAAAAUGACUAUCUUAUAUGACAUGUUCUGUAACUAUUGAUAGGUAUAAAGUGUCAUUCAUAAAGUUGGCAUCAUAUGGGAAAAACUUUUAAUGAUAAUUCAUUUCAAAAUUUGACUGGGGGGUUGAGUUUUUUGUCAAGAAAGAUGAAAAAUCAUUUUUUCAAAUCAAUCUCUGAAAAUAGGCUUAUUUGUUCCAAUGUCAAGAAAGUUAACUAAUGAAAGUUGAUUCUAUUUCAAUUUUAUAUAAUAUGUCUCGAAUUUUAAUGUUCUAUAACAAAUUUUAGUUUUAUAUAUUUUUUCAACAAAACUAUUUCAUUCUAGUAGCUUUAUCAAGUUACUUACUUUCAAUAACAUCAUCUUUUUCUACAGAAAAUAAUGAUCUCUGCUUCACAUUAAUCAUAUUCCUGUUGUGUUUGAUGCAAAGUUGAUGUAUA